CCGAGCCAAACACCCCCUUCGUCAUCGUCUCGCCAUUAAUUUCAAAACUAUAUCAAACCAGACGAUCUAUCGCCUGUAAAUUCUUCUUAUUUCUGCAUAAACCCACCAAUUUCCUUUAAGAACUCGGGCCGAAAAGUUCGUGCAUCAUCCUUCGCUUGAGGAGAAGAUGAACAGGCAGACACCAUAUGGUGAUGCAAGUGUGAACAGAUAUGGUGGUUCUCAAUCUCAUGCGUCUGCACAGAGAAUGCAACAACAUGCUCAAACACCUCAAUUUCCAUUUCGAGGAGAUGGGCGACAGCAGUGGAAUACAAUUACAAACCCACAGAUUGAAUUAAAUCCAAUGUCCCCUCAUUCAUAUUCCCAAGGAGGUCAUAAAGGAAAUAUGAAGAUCCAGUCCCAAGAAAGUAUGGGAAAUCAAAAGUUUAAUAAUUAUGAGAAUCAAGGAAAUAAGGAAACAAGACUACAGUCACAUGAGCAAGAAAUGGAAGUUGGGUAUGAGGACAACACUUACACUCCUUCUCAAUUAAGUUUUGAAGGAAUGGAGCAGAGAUUCCAAGAUGAGAUCAUGAAAUUAAUAAAAGAUCUAAGCAAUGCCGAGGAUGCAGAAAAUGCUAGACACAAAGAGAGAAUGGUGGAGAUCAAUAUGCGAUACCAAGAGAAUCUGUGUUCACUUAGAGCCCAACAUGCGUCACGAGUAGGAGAGUUUGUUGGCAAGGAAUCAGAGACACGGUUGCAUCAUUAUCAACAAGCUGCAAAUGCAAUGACAGAAAGGGGCCCACCUGGGGGGAUGGCUAGGGAAGCACGUAGGCGGUAUGACAACUAUGGAGCAAUACAAGAUGAGUCUUCUUACAGAGAGUAUCAGCAUCAGCAUCCUCAGUAUCGUGAACAUUCACGGGAACCCAUGACAAGUCAAGGCUAUGAAUCAAGGGUUCCGCACCCUCAUGGCCGAGUUUAUAACAAUUCUGGUGCUCAUUACUAAUGUCAAAUUAGACUAAGUCUGUGUUGUGUUGGGCGCGCUUCAGCUUAUAAGCUAUUUUUGUGGUCUCACCACACUCUAAAUUGCAAUAAGCUUAAAAAAUAAGCAAGCUUAUGCGCGCAAAACACAGCCUAAUUUGAACUUUUGCUAGCGUGUAAGCUGUUAUGAGUUUGGGGUGUUGCUAGAUUAUCAAGCUUUGUACAAUGCAUGCAUGAAUACUCCUUUCUCAUCUUGCGGACUUGCCUUAAACAAGGGCAUUGAUUUGAGCCGGGUUACCCAUAAUGGGGCCCAGGAUUGGCUAUGCAAAGCAGGCCUAGUUCUGGUCCAAGAAAGGCCGACUGGUUACCACAUUUUGAAACUGAGCUUGUUAAAAAGCCUGGCCUCGUUUAGUAGCCUUUUUUUUUUGUCUUUUAAGUGUUUUUCCAUGAAAACCCUU